GCAAGAGUGACCUGAGCUCGAUCGACGGCGGGUAGUAAAGUAGAUUAGCUUGAAGAGUUUGCUGUGUGCGCGCCAGCGAGCGAGCGUCCGGCCGGCCGGCUAGCCGCCGCCGGUGGUGGUGGGGAUAGCAAUGGCGGCGUCGCAGCAGGCGGAGAAGGCGGCGGAGCUGCAGGACCCCGAGAUCCGGGCGGCGCUGGACCGCCGCGUCCGCGAGGAAGGCGAGACCGUCAUCAAGAGCGGCACCGGCGGGACCAACCUCGAGGCUCAGGAGCGCCUCGCCGAAGGACGCAAGAAGGGAGGGCGCAGCCGCACGACGGAGUCCGGCAAGGAGCGCGCCGAGAAGGAGGGCGGCGUGGUCAUCGAGCCCGACGAGAAGCAGCUUCAGGAGGCCAUGAAGGACAUCGGCCGCAACUGAUCCGUCAUCAUGCAUGCAUAUAUAUCGUCGCUCCAGUCGUCCGUAUACGUCGUUGAUCAUCACCGUACGUAGUAGUAUACCACCAGGCCGCCGGUACAAGUUGUUGACCACGCCGUGGGCCUAGUAGUGGAGUAUAUAUAUAGUAUGUAAUAAUACACGUACGUCCGUACCUCGUCCGUGUAUGUGACCUUAGUUAUUAUUAGGUCGAUGUAGUUGUUGCUACAAGCAUAUAUACAUGCUGUAUGCUGUGCUACAAGCAUGCUCAAGCUUGUGUGCAACAGUACUACGAGUGCAGGCUACAAAGUUUUGGUCUUUGCAUUGUAGCCCCUUAGCCGUACGUAUGUGUGUGUAUAUUGUAAUUGCCACAAGGAAGCAUCCGCGUCGUGCUGCAAAAUUUUGGUGCCUGCGCAUGCAUGUCCAUGCAUGCCAGCAAGGUUUGCAGCACAGCUUUGCUUCAGCCCAAUAUAUAAAAUAAAACAACUUCGUCCUAUCUCUGCCAUUUUGGUUGUUGUCACUGUACUUAUAUAUCACAUUAACCAUGAGAAGUUGAGAGCCACAUACGGACACAUCAGUAUACAA